CCUGGAGCAACUCCGAUUGUCAUUCCAGAGAAGUAUACAUCUAAAGAAUGUGCGCUGGUACAACAACAGAGGUGCAGAGAUGGGGAGUUUACUCCCAGCGUAGGAGUUGUGUCUUUCUUCAAGUUACCAAUGUGUGGUAUAAGUUGCAGACUUAUGGCUCACGCAAUUUGCACCAAUAUUUAGACAAGUGGAAAGGUUACAAGUUUGAAGCACUGUGUGCUGAAUUUAACCUUAGUACUACACAAAGAAGUCCUCCACAAAAUUACGAGGUAGACUAUGAUGCAGAAUACGAAUGUUUUGCCAAUGGAGGUUUUGAAAAUGGCAAAGGGGUUGAAGUGGGCAACACAACAGUAAAAUGUAAUGUGACUUGGGUAUUAUCUUGGUUUAAACACGCAAGUAGAACACCAAUAUUCGUUGAAACUCCGAUAUGGUAUCAGAACCCAGACUUUGUAGAAGAGGAUUGUGAAAACAUUACCAUGUCCAUUCCAAAAUUAUUCUUUCUAGGAGACCAAACACACCCGGUGGCAGAUAGCUAUUGGAUGUGUGGGAACGAAGUGCUAGUGAAUACCUUACCCCUUCGGUGGGUAGGUCUUUGUGCACUCGUUAGAAUGAAACUACCUAUAACUUUGAUGUAUGAAGGAGUAAAAAGUAUGAUUGGAAUAGAUGAAAAUAGAACGAGAGUUCACAGAAGUUUAGGUGAUUACGGACUGAAUGAAGGUGUAUAUUUGAAUCUCAUAGGCCAACCACGAGGAAUUCCUAAUGAAUUCAAAGCGCUACAUGAAGUCACAGCAGGAUUUGAAUCAAUUUUACCUUGGAUCACCAUCAACAAAAAUGUUGAGUGGAUAAACUAUGUUUAUUAUAAUCAACAAAGACUAGUUAAUUUUACGGUUGAAGGGUUCAUGGCUUUAGGCGACCAAUUACAUGAGACAAGUAGAAUGGCAUUGCAAAAUAGGCAAGCUUUAGAUUGGAUUUUAGCAGAUAAGGGGGGUGUUUGUCACAUGUUUGGCAAUCAAUGUUGUACAUACAUCCCCAUGAACACAGCCCCAAGAGGUACCUUCAGUGCCAUAAUGGUCAGACUCCGCAAAUUAAAAGAAGAAAUGAAGGAGAAUGCGGGCAAGGACAGCUGGUCGUGGAAGAGUCUGGAGGAAAUAUUUGGCAACUGGGGAGCGUUAGCAGUAAAGACUGGAUUAACCUUGCUAACUGUAUUAGUUGUGAUAUUCUUACUCGUGUGUUGCGUGUUACCAAUCAUCAGAAAGUGGGUUUUGGGAACUGUGUAUCGAUGGAUGACUGAUGUUGGGAAACAUCAGAAGGCCUAAUAUGUAUAACAACCAGGACCUGAUGGACUUAUGAUUUCUUUUAAUUUUUAAUUUUUGUUAUUUCCUAUUUUUCUUAUUGUUACAGUAUUUACAUAAUGUACAUCCAAUACCUACCAUAUUGUAAAAAAAUUACCGACCAUAUACUGUUUUGUGCGAACUUUGCAAGGAUGGAAGAUGUUACCAUCAUGUUUUGUAUUGGCAGUUGCUCUGUCCACUGAUGUAUUUUGUUUUGAAUUAUCCAUAUGUGCUCGGGAACUUGGAGCCAUGAUGGCCGGAAAUCCGGUGGGACUGCCCGUGUCCGAAGAGACUCGAUAAGAUGGACAUUGAAGACGUUCGAACAUCACAAUAAGGAAAAAACAUCGGGAAGCUGCCAUCCAAAGAGACUCUGGUGGUUCGGGGACCCCUCGUACGUUGGGCGUGGACUCAGAGACAUAUGGACAGUGCUUGGGGACCCUGAAUCAGGACUAAUGUGAUGGCAGAACAAUAAAGUUGCAAAAGACUGACCUAAGAGAUGUGGAAUUGCUCGGAGUACGGAGACCACAUGAGGAUGCAGCAAAGGACUUAAUGGAUGUGUUGUCAUGUUAUUCUAUGUCAUCCUAUGUUAUAAUUUCAAUGUUCUAUGUAGUGAGAUUUGCUGAAGGAAUGUUCUGAAUCAUGUUAAUCCAUUUAUACUUGCAAGUUGUGAUAUUCUGCUCUAGAGGUUUGACAAGACCAAUGUUCUUCGUUACAAAGGUUUUGGUAAUAGGAAUGACAGAGUAGGACCUGAUUGGCAUGAAAGGUCCUUAAAAUAGAUGAUAAUGAUGCCCAUUAGAUUCCAUACAGAGAUUUUUCGUUCAGAUUGGCCGAGAAUGGGAUUUCUCUGAGGCCUCCAGCCGUUUUUCCCCGCCUUUUACGAUGGGUGGGUUUUUCAACUGGUCUGCCCUAAGCCGACCUGAAGGUCCCCUUCAUCAAUACGUAAGUUUGUGAGGUUGAUAGACAUGGAUGUUUUCCAUGGGUGAAUUGAUGAGAUGUGUUCCUGAAGGAGACUUUUGGGAAGAGCUAUAGAGUAGCCGGAUUUGGUCUAAUUAGUGAAUAGGUUAGUCUACCAUAGUCUAACACAGUUAAAAUAAUGUGCGCAUAGGAGCUCUAAUUAGGAUCUUAAGUAAUUAGUUGAACCCAAAACUUUAGACCUAAACAAGAACAAUCAUAUAGAGUUGCUUAUUAAUUUUGUAUACGGAGUAAUUUCAUUACCUUUCAUAAUCGUUCACAUUUUUCCUUUUAUUCACUCAUAAACAGCACUUAUACUCACAUGAUAUUUACAGUAUGAAUUUAGGAUCUCUCUCUCAGUUGUUAAUUAGAUUGAAAACCUAAUUAAAGGGGGGAUAUGUGGAAGCGUAAAGCUCUGUUUAACCAGAUAAAAAGUGUUAUUAUUGUCUUUACCAUAAUAAAAUGAACUCUGUGAUAAGUUCACUCUGAGUGGAGACAUGCAAGCUGUCUGUUUGGGAAACAGAUUACAUUAGAGGAAGGUUCUUGGCGAGAGGAAAGACAAAUGAGCUUGUUGUUGCAGGCAGCCAGGAAAUCUGGCGAACACUGCCAGGUCAACUGACCUGAGAGUUUGCAAUCCAGAUAAAGUCAUGAGAGUGUUAUUACAAUAUGUCACCUACGCCAAUCUGAUGUUUUCCAGAUGUUGGACAGGAGUGUAUUCUCGGAAAAAGUUGAGAUAACAGUGUGAAUGUGCCAAGGAAUGUUAUAUAACGGAGAAUAAUGAUUUCAAUUGGUCAAGAAGACCCCAAUACACACUAAUGCUUUGUAAUUGUAUAAAACCGCCCUUUAAGAAGUGAAGGGAGGGGAGACUUCUGGAAUUUGUGAUGAAGAUGAUGAUGUGCGCCUUUUGAAGAAUAAAGUUCCCCUCUCGUGAGGGCUGUGUGGUGAGAGA